AUGGGCUUCCCAAGUCUAGGAUGCCUCACAUGCAAGAGGCGUCGCAUCAAGUGCGAUUCCAUCCGACCCACCUGUAGCCGGUGCAGCAAAGCAAGUCGAUCCUGUGUCUGGAGAUCCAACGAAGAAACAGGCUUGUCAUUUCGAAGUGAGAAUGCCUUUGCUCAAGGCCGGCCACGUCGUCCGAGAGGACAUAUAGUCACACGAGCCGUGAUAAACUCGUCGCCUGCAUCCCCACCUACUAUUCCACUCGAGACCCAUGCAUUCCACUAUUGGGUUGAGCAUUUCACCGCGUGGCCCGAUGAUUUUUUUGACAUUGGACUCGAAUACGGCACCUAUGCACUCCGCUACUGGACUUGUGCAGCCCCGAACUCGAGUCUGCAGCUUGCCGUGUCUGCGUUUUCACUUGCUGUCUUCGGACUAGCGAGGAAUGUGAACCGGGCUCUGGGGGAUGCAGAGAGGCUGUAUGGCAAGAGUAUUGCGCGAAUCCGGGAGGAGAUUGCGGCUCCUUCUAAUCGGACGAUUGAUCAGCUUCUUGUUGCGAUCUUGCUGAUGGCUAAUUACGAUAAUAUCAUGCGCCAACCUUCCUCAAGUCAGUCAUCUGCAAAAGCUGGCUCUACGGGCUGGAGGAGCACGUACCAUUGUACAGGCAUCGUGGGUCUGUUGCAGGCUCGGCAGCAGCAGGGAUUUUCCCAAAAUACGGAUCUUGACAGAGCUCUCCGAAGGCCCAUAAUCCGCUCGUGCAUCCUUCGUGGUGUCUCUCUUCCAAAAUGGCUCCAAUAUGACGCGCUAUAUAUCGAGGACAGUCCGAUAUCAGAACUUGAUACCCUCAUGAUUCAAGUUGCAGAUAUUCGAGCCAAAGCUCAGAACUGUCUGCAAGCCGGGGUCUCUAUAUUCCAAUUAGGCCAAUUGGAUGAGUUGGUGUUAGGGGCACGGCAAUUGGACUCUGCGUUGGUCGAAUGGACCCAGCGCAUUCCCUCAGACUGGACGUUCUUCGAGAAUUUAGGCUCAGCAUAUACCGAGAAUUCCCUGCCUUGCUACACAAGCCGCGGCUAUGCUGCUACUUUGAAUCGGUAUCGGGCUGUUCGUUUGAUUAUAAACAGUCUACGCAUACGCCUACUUUCCACCAUGUCCCGUAUCACACAAUCCAUGGGUACGGAGCUGGAACAGUGCCAGGCGAACAUCAGCUCUCUUACAGCAUGUCUAUGCCACAGUAUCCCUUCCUUUUUCGACGUGGCAACCACCGAACACAACAUCACGCCAAAGAUGGCCAUUGUUCUCGCCUGGCCCUUGACAGUGGCUGUAAGCACCGAAGCAGUUCCGACAACUCAGAGAAAAUGGCUGCAGGACCGACUGCACACAGUCGCGAGUGUCAUUGGAGCCGAUCGUCUUCACACGGUUGCUGAGAGUGGAGAGUUCAAUUUCUAG